CAACAGAGACAGAGGAACAAAAAGAUGGCCGACUCCCUUUUGCAAAAGGCCACCUCUGCUCUCGGUGAAGCCAAAGGAACCGUCAUCACCUCUGUUGAAACCGUUAAAACCGAUGUCGUCAAGGAUGCAGUCCACAAUGUGGUGUCAAGAGGCAUAGAUGGAGCCAAAUCGCUGGUGCACAAUUUGGAAGAGAAGAAAGGUGAAGUCUCCUCCAAAAUCGUGGGAGCUGUUACACACUUUACCGGCAGUGCGGACAAUCAGCCACUCCUAGCGGCAGGUGAUCGUGAGGUCGAGACGCCCUGGUGGAAGAACUGUUGUGAAGUUCUUGAUCUUCUCAAGACAUCAUCAUCAUCAUCAUCUACUCCCAAGUGAAGAACAGAGAGGUGAAAAAGAUCCCACCCAGUUUUUCAAACUAUGUUCUGAGUAUUCCCUUCCGUUUUCUUGAGAGUGAUUUCGGAUUGUGUUGUUUUACUUU